AUGGUGAAUCAAGAGGCGUUUGACGACGCGGUCAAAAGCCUCCCCGCUCACAAGGACUGGUCUAAGGAGACAUCUAUCAACACCCUGCUGGAUUAUGUCCGUGAGACAAAAUGCACGGAAUUUGUAGAUCACAUGUUGCGCAUUUCUAUCAUCAAACACGAAAGAAAGGUGCUUCUGGACAAUCUUCAAGAGAAGCUUCUGGACAAGGCCCUCGACCACUCCACCAAGAAGGCGUUGUUCGAGCACGUUGUCGCUCGUGUGGAGGAGUACAGAUUGCAGCGUGUUGAAAGCGAAGUCAAGUACCGAGCAUAUCGUGUCGCUGACCAGCGCGAGGACGAUGAUGAAAUCUUCUCGUACCUGAUCCAGGUUCGACUAGAUAUGGGAUUUGCAAAGCCUGUUCCAAAGACGGAGAUUGAAGCUGAUCGCAAGGGUGCAAGCGCCAAGGUUGCUGAGUACAAAGAGCUCAGUGACUCAGAUGCCGAACCGGACAACGACGUGUACGAUGACGGUUCCGAUAGCAGCUUUGGUGCCUGA